GCCGGUGAUAAUUUACGACGAUGCGAGUUACAUUGCUAAACACGAGUCCCAGGUCACUGGAAGCAUGUGAACGUAUUGGGGCCAGGCCAGUACAACUCCUGCACAAGUCCAUUGACGAGUUUGUGCAGGAGCUAACUGCUGAGGGCCUCACACUGCCCGCCAUCUACAAACGGUAUGAGCAGUACGAGAAAACACGCGCAGUGACGCUGAACAAGUGCAAGAAGCUUCGUUAUCAGAUCAUUGACGAGGAGCUCAGUGACCAGCCGAGGACCGACAAGAGCGAGAAGACAGCGAAGAACAACGUUGCAAUGUCACGCGGGCGGAUAGACAAGUCCACGGAGAAGAAAGGGGUGGUUUCUCGUGACCAUAGUACAGCAGAAAAGAUUAAGGCAGGCGGCCUGCAUAAUGAAAAGAACCGCAGCAUUGCUCAGAAGGAUAUGGAUGCGAUGGAAUACAAUCAGGGUGAUUACCAGUCAGAUGACUCAUUGGAAGUCAGGAAUAUGAAUUCUCAUAAGGUCAGUGGUCAGCUGCAGCAGAUCUCAAGACAGGCCAAAAUCCAAAAUCCAAGAUCUCAAGCCAAAAUUAUAGGCUACAGUAGAACUGGACAGCACAGACCCAAAUCGACCACUAACACAGCUAGUGGAAAAGAAACAGAAGAAAGUGAGACGGCAAGUCAGCGCAGCAUGGUGUCUUCAAAACCGACAGCGCAUUCUUUACGAAAGGUCAGCUACAACAUGCCCAAACAUGCAAGACCCCGGUCUGUCGCCGGUGGAGCCAGGGCACCACUGAACAACUACAUGACCAGAAGUACGCCAAAUUUCAGCUUGCCAAGACGCAUCAGGGGUGCCAAAGGGGCCACGAUGUCAGAACAGGACCGUAAGAUCUUAACCCUGAUGAUAUCGCGGGGCGAGGAGGAGGUUGCACUGGCGGACAUACAGGAGCGCGCGCACCGCACGUGGGAAGAGGACGCACGGCUGCAGCAGCUGAUGCGCAUGCACGCGGAGGAGGCACACAGACUCGACAUGCCGCUGCAUAGUCACGCUCAGCGUCGCAAUCAGCACGCUGUUGCAGCUAGGAAGCACUUAACAGAGCACUGCCAAAGAGAAGAAAGGUUGCAACAGAGUGAGCACAGCCAUCAGAAAUGGCAAGCUAUGUCAGAGAUGCAGAAAGAGCUUAAGACGCGACAGCUGCUGUUGAGCUCAAUGAAGGGCGAACAGAAGAGGCUGCAACAGGAGGAGAGGCUUCAAGAGAUGCGGGAGGCAGAGGAGAGGUACCUUAGUGAGCUGAGGCAUGCGUGGCAGGAAGAUCUGGAUACAGCCUGCGCCAAGAAAGCCAGUCUGACAAAGGCAAACAUCUUGGGCAAACAGGCUGCCAACCAUGCAAAUGAGCAUUUUCAUCAUCAUUUAAAAGCUAGUGCAGAUAUACAUUUUAUAGAAGGUAUAGCGGCAUUAGAAUCCCAUGUUGAGGAGAAACAUGCAAAAGCUAAGGAGAGACAGAUGGCCGUGCAGUGGAACACAGUAAACAGGAUAAGACAUAAAUCACUUGAGAAGGAGAUGAAGAUGCAUCGCUCCAGGGAGCGACUCAACAUGAUAGAGGACGAUCAGCAGCAAUGGAGGGAGCAUCUCCUCAGCCUCAGCAGUCAGAAGGAGCAGGAAGCAGCAAUGCGAGCAAACACAGCCAUCGAGGCAAGACGAUUCAAGGCAAUGGAGCAACGGCGGAGAAAGGACCUAGAACACAAAGUGCUCCUCUCGAGGGUGAAGAGACAUGACGAAAUGUGGAAGGAGCAGGUACGACACCAGAUCAUUGAGAAAGAACUCAAGAUAGAGUCGUUGCAAAAAGAGAAGGCAUUUACUCAGGAGGAGAAGCGAGCAAUAGCACACUCCAUGUCAGCGCUGAGGGAGUCGAUUCAAGUACGGUCAGAGUCGUUUGACAGGAAGCUGAGACAAGCAGAACAUAAUGCGAGGAUCACUCUGCAAUCUCCAUCCAUCCAGAAUGUGGCUAGAAAUCUGUCCACGCUUACCAUUGGCUAGCAGCGGUCGUCAGUCUGCCUUUACCGUCUGUCAUUUAAAUUUCACAUAGCUACUUGUCUUUUCAUAGUCUCUGAUCAAGAGCAAUUGUUGCAGAUGCCAUGAGUCUCUAGCCGUUUGACACCUGCUCUGUAAGUCAAUAAUGAUAUCGUCUAAAAGUGUAGGCUAAACAUUUAUUUAUUUUUUAUUCGAUUGCUAGCUUGUAAAAAUAUAGCCUAUUUGCUUCUGCUUUGUACGAUUGCUAGUUGAAGAUUUGUAGGAUUAUGGGAAACCUUCAGUGUCAUGUGCACCGUGACCAAAUAGAAGACUUGCCUCAUGUGCAUUUAAUAUCAAGGGAGACAGCGCAAUUUCCAAGUGAAUAACACCUUAAGCACGUGAUGCGACAUCAAGGAAAGUUCCAAGGCUCACAUAUAAUCAGGCAUUUUUCUUUGGCAAUCGAAACAGCCAGGGGCAUCAUAAUUACUAUACGUGUAUUUAUAGCGUUGCUGGCUUUGAACUGCUCAACAUGCAUUUGAAUUUGACCUAGCUACAUGGGAGAGUAGGUAGAUGUAGACUGGUUUAUCGUAAUAUGUGGUGCAAAUUAUGUGUCUUGUGACUGAGCUUCUUAUUGCGUUUUCCUCGUGAUUAUAGUUUUAUAGUUUUAAGCAGGUGAAUAGCUCUAGCUCUUAGAUUUUUAGAUUGGUUUACUUCAUCCAUAUCCAAAACUUGAUUAUAUUUUCAUUAGGUGGUGGGGGUAUAUAAUUUGGGCUUGAGUGAGUGAUACACUUUAAAAAAGUUUAAAUAUAGAAACCAUAUUAGGAUAGUAUUUGCUUUAUUAGGCGAAAGAGAUAAUUUUGCUGUAAUAUUUAUUGUAUUUAUUUUAUUUAUUGUAGUAUCAUUUACAAUUAUUAGACGUCUGCUUUUAAUUUUUGCCACAAUCCAGGGCACAGUGCAUCCCUGGAUGCUGCAUCGAGUCCUGAGCCAUGUUCAACAGCGCGAACGCUCGCAGCGAACGCUCGCAGCACGAGCACAGCGCCACUUGAACAACACCGGGCCCUCGCUUUAUCCAAGAUGGCGGCUUCCUCAGUAGAUUUUAAUCGCGUCUUCGAACAAGUACUGUUUUAAAAACGAAUUAGCAGACGAAAUUGAUAUGCCUUAUUUCGACCCAUUGCCCAUGAUUGUAAUUGCGCCUUCCCAAUUGUAAUUUCCCAAAGUCAGAAGUGUUAGAUUCGCAUUCGCCAGAUUGCCCGUUGCCAUCUUGAAAACAAAUUGCGCGCUGCGCGAACAGCCUCGGGAACCUGACCAUGCAGUGUCGUUCCGAAGGCGAGCGCACGCAAGCGUUCGCUCUGUUGAACACGCCUCUGGCAUCACUGUGCGCGCGUGUGUGUGUGUGUAUGUGUGUGUCUGUGUGUCUGUGUGUCUGUGUGCAGAUUCUUGGCUAUAGCAAAUCUAGAUGCUGAGGUUAGACAGCAAGCCAAUACUGGGUGUCUGGCUAUAUGUAUGCACAACAGGUAACCGUAGUCUUCCAUUUUAAAUGUCUUCGACGUAUGGAAAACAAUUGCACAUCACCCACAUUGUGUGCACGUUGGAAGCAAGGUUUCUUGAGAAACCUCGCUUGAACUUGGAGCUGUUUAAAUAAAGAGUGUUUAGAUAAAA